CAACCAGUCUCUGUCUCUCACUCAACUCUGUCUGGCUUUGCCGCCAUCUGAAGCCAAUGCCUCUUCAAACUAAUUUACCAGACACCAUUUAUGAUUCUCCCAAACCCUUACCCACUAACUGAUAUGAAACAUGAUCAUCCCUCAGAUCUUCUUCUUCUUCUUCUUCUCCACCCUUCUGAAUCUCUCCUCAUCUUUUGCAUCACAGAUCUCUAUCUCCGUCGCCCCACCUACCGUCUCCAGAUCGGGCGACCCAAUCACGAUCCGAUGGUCCGGCAUUGAUUCCCCGUCCAAGCUCGACUGGGUCGGGAUCUACUCCCCGCCCGAUUCAUCCAACAAAAACUUCAUUGGGUACUUCUUCCUUUCAUCCUUGCCCGGAUGGGAGGCCGGAUCUGGCUCCAUUUCCUUCCCGCUCGUCAACCUCCGAUCCGCAUACCAGUUCCGGAUCUUCAGAUGGUCGGAGUCCGAGAUCAAUCCCAGGCGCCAAGACCACGACCAGAACCCGCUGCCCGGGACGAAGCACCUGCUGGCUCGGUCAGAUGAGAUCCGGUUCGAGACUGGUCGCGGGCCCGAGCAGAUCCGUCUGGCCGUGACGGGCCGGGAGGGCGAGAUGCGUGUCAUGUUCGUCACGCCCGAUGGGAAGGAGAGUUCGAUUAGAUAUGGGUUGACCCGGGGAAAUAUGGAUCGGGUCGUGGGUACUGAGGUGGGGCGGUAUGAAAGAGAGGAUAUGUGUGAUGCUCCAGCUAAUCAGAGCAUUGGGUGGAGAGAUCCUGGGUAUAUACAUGAUGGGGUAAUGACCAAUUUGUCAAUGGGGAAAAGACAUUAUUAUCAGGUUGGGAGUGAUGCAGGAGGUUGGAGCACAACUCACUCUUUUGUGUCUCCUCCAGAUGGGGACUCAAGCGAGACAAUAGCUUUCUUAUUCGGAGACAUGGGGACUGCAACGCCUUACAAUACCUUUGUGCGCACCCAGAACGAAAGCAUAUCGACACUUAAAUGGAUUGCCCGUGACAUAGAAGCUCUCGGGGACAAACCUGCCCUCGUGUCACACAUUGGUGACAUCAGCUAUGCUAGGGGCUAUGCUUGGUUGUGGGACAACUUCUUUGCUCAGAUAGAACCUGUGGCAUCCAGAGUCCCUUACCAUGUUUGCAUCGGUAACCAUGAGUAUGAUUGGCUACUGCAGCCUUGGAAACCAGAAUGGUCUAGCUAUGGAAAGGACGGUGGAGGUGAAUGUGGGGUGCCCUACAGUCUUAGGUUCCACAUGCCCGGAAAUUCAUCCGAAGCAACCGGGAUGCGUGCUCCACCCACCCGGAAUCUGUACUACUCGUUUGAUUUCGGACUCGUGCACUUCGUUUUCAUGUCAACCGAAACCAAUUUCCUUCGCGGUAGCAAGCAAUACGACUUCUUGAAGAACGACUUAGAAUCGGUUGAUAGGAAAAAGACCCCAUAUGUGGUGUUUCAAGGACACAGACCAAUGUAUACUACCAGCAAUGAGUAUAGAGAUGCCCCUAUUAGGCAAAAAAUGCUAGAGCACCUAGAGCAUCUUCUAGUGAGCAACAAUGUGAGUCUUGCACUGUGGGGCCACGUUCACAGGUACGAGAGGUUCUGCCCGCUAAACAACUUUACAUGUGGAAGCCUAGGGUUGAAUGGGGAGCGAUGGCAGGCUUUCCCAGUGCAUGUCGUGAUUGGGAUGGCCGGACAGGAUUGGCAGCCCAUAUGGGAACCGCGGGCAACGCACCCAGAUGUUCCGGUAUUCCCCCAACCCGUGAGGUCUCUGUAUCGCGGGGGCCAGUUUGGGUACACGAAACUCAUUGCUACAAAGGAGAAACUCAAGUUUUCUUAUAUUGGAAACCAUGAUGGGGAAGUGCACGAUACUGUAGAGAUAUUGGCUUCAGGUCAAGUUCUCAAUGGUGAUGGUGCCAGCAGCAGCAGCAUUAACACUGUGGUUGAUAGGAGACAGAAGAACGACGAGCCUAAUGUAAUGAGAGGAUGGGAUGAGUCCGAAUUGACAUGGCUUCUCAAAAAUGUUGGGUUGUUACUGUUAGGAGUUGUCAUUGGUUGUGUAAUAGGGUACUUAUCGCGUGCAAGGGGCUCGCCUCCCAAAUGGGUUCCUAUAAAGAAUGAGGAUUCAUGAGUGCUCUUGAUUCAAUCUGGAGGAUUUAUCGGCGUUCUUGAUUCAAUCCCAUGUUACUGUCAGGCCGGUUCUGGCGACCCUUGGAAUGGGUUCAUUCUUUUGUGUUUGAAGAUUAACUAGCUUUUGGCCUUCCUUGAGCUUUGAUGGUAAUCUUUUGCUUUGUAUAUGUUUACACUUUGUUAGGUGUUUAUUAAUUUAUACUAUUGUUACUAUAUGGAGGUGUACAUAUAUGGGACUGUAAAUGUGUUGUACUACUAAGUAGCAAAGGGCUUCUGUUUUGGCUUCAUGUGCAGUGUCAUGUUAUAUACAAUUGUGGGCUUCCACAACCAUUAUGGUCACUACUUGCACGAAAUAAUUCAUAUUAAUAAAUUCCACCCUUUUUA